GCACUGUUGAAAAUGAAAGUGCUUUUAACAGGAGGCCUGCGAAGGACAGCAUUUUAUUGUCUGCUUACCAAUACGGGACCAAUUUAGUUUCAGACCUUAUUUUUUGCCACAAAAAGGUCAGAUAUAAUCUAUCAUAACUGACAUGAACAGCAUUGCGAGAGAAGAUCUUUACAGAGCAUUGAAUGACCUCCUUGAGGAGCAAUUUGAAGAAUUUAAAUGGCGGCUAAUAUGUAUUGACCACAGUGGAAAGCCAAACAUUCCUCCAGCUUCAUUGGAGAAAGCUAAUCGACAAGAAGUUGUAGAUCUUCUGAUUCAAAAUUAUGUGGAAGGUGCUCCAGAAGUGUGCAUUCGUGUCCUUCAAAAAAGCAAUAUAAAUGAUGUUGCUAAAAAACUUGAAGAAACUUUACAGAAAGUUGCAGAUGCUGAUGCUCCCCAACCACCAGAUUCAUCAGAACUGAUGAUCCUGGCCUAUUGCUUACAACAUUGCCAGAAUUUGCAGAAGCUCUGUGUUCGAGGCCCUACAUCUAUAUAUCCAACAGAGAAAGAAAUGUUUCUUCUAGAACAUAGGCAAUGUGGUUUGGAUGAAGUAUGUAUGGAAGAUUUCUUUCAAUCACUGACAAAGCUGAGAAACCUAAGAGUCCUGAGAUUGGAAAAAUGGUCCUUUACACAGUCCUGCAGCAAGCAACUUGUUGAAGUCUUUAAGACAAACCAGAAGUUGAAGGAGUUUAAUUUAUUCCUCAAAGACACAAAUGAGAGAGCAAUGGAAUUACUGUGUGAGGGGCUCCGACAUCCAGACUGUGAAAUAGAAAUACUAGAGGUUGGUGGAGAGGCCAUGACCGAAUAUCUUGCAGAAGUAUUCAGAAGAAACCAGAGUUUAAGAGAUUUAAAGUUGUGGCUAUUCUGUCCAAAAUACAGAGUAGUGAGAAGUCUGUGUGAGGGGCUCCAGGACCCAGACUGUAGAGUAGAAAAACUAUGGCUCAACGAAGAGUUUGUGAAUGAACCCUACAGCAGGCAUGUUGCAGAAGUAUUAAGGAGAAACCAGAGAUUAAGAGAGUUAUGGUUGUGCCUAAUAUAUCCACAGAACGAAGCAUUAAGAAUGCUAUAUAAGGGGCUCAAACAUCCAGACUGUAAAGUAGAAAGACUCUGGCUAGUUGGAAACACCAUGACCGAAUUUUGCAGCAUGGACCUUGCAAAAGUAUUCAGAAAAACCCAGAGAUUAAGAGAGUUGUGGUUGUGGCUCUGCAAGCCAGAUGACAGAGUGGUGGAGAUACUUUGUGAGGGGCUUCAACACCCAGACUGUAAAGUAGAAAAACUAGGGAUUCAUGAAGAUUUUGUGAAGUCCUGUAGCAGGCAUUUUUUAGAAGUACUCAAGAAAAAUCAGAGAUUGAGAGAGUUACAGUUAUUUCUCUACAUUCUAGAUGAAGAAGUAGAGGAAAUGCUAUGUGAGGGGCUCCAACAUCCAGAUUGUAAAAUAGAAAAACUAAGGCUUGAAGGGCAAUUCCUGAAAGAAUCCUUCUGCAGGCGUUUUGCUGAAAUACUCAUGAAAAACCAAAGAUUGAGAGAAUUAGAUCUGUUCCCCGACUACUUAGAUGACAGAGUAAUUGAAAUGCUAUGUAAGGGGCUCAAACAUCCAGAUUGUAAAAUAGAAAAACUAGGACUUGGUGCAAAAUUCUUGACUCAACCCUUCAGCAGGCAAUUUACACGUGUACUCAGGAUGAGAGACUUAGAGUUGUUUCCCACCUACAGAGAGGACAGAGCAGCAAAAAUGCUUCCUGCAGGGCUUAAAUAUUCUAACUGUAAAUUGAAAGCACUACGGAUUAAUGGAGAGUACAUGAAAGAAUACCUGGGAAGUCAGAUUGCAGGAAUUGUCAAGAUAAACCAGAAACUACGUGAAUUGCAUUUGCAUGGUGACUGCAUUAGUGACUACGAGAUGAAGCUGCUCUGGGAAGAACUGAAACACUCAGGGCAUAAGUUAAAGGAGCUAUGGUUGAAUGGAAAACAUAUUGUACAGAAGGGUGAAUGGAUGGACCCGGAACAUGUAGCUAGAGCCCCCAGUGUAAAUGCUGCUUCUUUGUGCUUGCUUGUUUGAUCUAGUUUUAUUUUUGUGUAGAAUACGGUUAGGAAGAGUUGGAAUUUAAUAUAUUUCAAAUGAAAGUCUGAAGAACAUUCUUUACAGAAAACACUUAAUCUGAACUGAGGACUUUUCUCUCUUUUCAGUUGAAAAAUGCAACAGGAAUGAAAGCACACAAACCUAUUAAUGAAAAUGUGGACAAUAAAACAUAAUUUAUUGAUCUUUUGAAUCUUCAAAAUAUAAAGGGAUUCAAAAUACAAAGGGAAAACCAGUGAAAUUUGGGAGGACAUAUCAAUAGCUAAUGAACUAAUCGAAUAAUGAGACAAUAUACUUAUGGCAAAAAUGGCUGAUCUGCAUGGCCAGAUAGCCUAGUCAGGUGUUUGAACCCCAACCAUUUCCAAGGGGAGGAUGAGACAGCAAUAGCAAUAGCACUUAGACUUAUAUACCACUCCAUAGUGCUUUGCACAACUCUCUGAGUGCUUGACAAAUGUUAGCAUAUCUGGGACAAAAAUAAGGAGAAUCUAGGUCUUAUUUUACCAACCUUGGAAGGAUGGAAGGGUACGUAAACCUGGAGCCAGUCAGAAUGGAUCUCCUAGCCAUGGGCAGAGUUAGCCUACAAUACUGCAUUCUAACCAUGGCACCACCAAGGCUCCUAGUAUGAUGUUAUCCUAUACUCCAAUCUUCCUGCUUCAAUAUGAAAAAUAAAGUCAUUUCUGGCUUUUUCCAGUCCAGAAGUGCUCCCCAGUUUGCUUCUUCUGCUCUUCUUCCAUCUGAGCAACUCCUGCCCUUCAUGCACCCACUGGGUGUUGUGGCAGGGAUGGUCCCUCUCCCGGGAUAAUGGUUGCUGCCCUGCAUACUGUAGACAUUCACUGGAUAUAUAGAAAUUAUAUUGUCCAUUAUGCUUAAUAAUUUCCAAUGCUUAAAUAUGCUUGCAUGAGGAACAGGGCUAGGAAAGAUUGGAAUUUAAUAUUUUUAUUUAAAGGGACAUCUUUGUCCACAGAUUUUGCCUUGAUUAAUUUCUGAUGUGUCAUUGAUUUUGACUGUACUGCAAUUGCUUCAUUUACUGUAACUGAUUAAUCUGCUUCAAUUGUUAUGAAAUAUAUAUAUAUCACCGGAGCAGAACAUACUUAGCUCAGGCCUGAAUCCAACAUGUAAGUCUGAUUUUACAUGUAGUUCUCACAAUUUUUCUAUAAAUUGUUUCUGGUUUGCCUGUCCCCCAAUAAAUUUUGAACUGAUUCUUUUCAGUGUAAUUUAUCUCAGAGGCCAUCCUCUUUCUACUGGAUGAAGGUUUAUAAAAUUAAAAGCAUAAGCAAACUGAACUUCCAAGAAGUGGGCAUUCUGAUUCUUCAAACAAGAUAGAAACCCUUUGAGAUUCUGUCUUUAGAAUGGCCAGAAGCACCAAACCAGUUUUAGUAUUUUCAAAUAAGCUGCACAGUUCUAAAAUAAUUGCAAAACCAAGGCAAUUAUUAGAGACUUUAUUGAAUUAGGAAACCCUGUAAGACAAAAUGGAGCAACUCAUUUAUAAGUUGCUGGGCGGUAAAAUACAAUUAAGAAACUAAACAAAUUAAAUAUUCUAUGAUUAAACUGAUGCAGAAUUUGAACGGAAGAAUUGGUAUGCAACAACAAGAAUUUCAGUGGGAAAAAAUAUAAAAUUUACAUUAUAUUUGAUGAAAACCCAGUACAAGACGUUUCAUUGAUCAUGUAUUACUCCAGUUCUCAAUUAUUAAAAUUGUUGGACAUGUCAUGAUCAGAUUUGAUUAUUUCACAUACGGUGGUGAUAUUAUGAAGCCAGGAAUUUUGCAGAAUGCUUUAUAAUAGAUUGAAACAAGUUCUACAGCUGGAAAUUCCUCUUCAGCCAGCCACUUAAAAAAAGUAAGUAUUAUUAAACCUUCCAUUCCUACACACUGAACUGGCCCUGCAUAUGGUUAUAGCUGCAAGGACGCUCUAGAAAUCAUAUUGAAAGGCACAGGCAGCUCUUGCAGCUAGUCCUUACUUAAUGUACACUCAGCGAUUGUUCAAAGUUACAUCAGCCAAUUUUGGUCACCAUAUUACAAAAAAGAUGAGAGUUUGGAAAAAAAUCAGAGAAGAGCAACUCAGAUGAUUAAAGGCCUGGAGACUAAAAUAU